AAAUCCUUACGUCUUUCCAAAUCCAACGUACGCUUUUUUUUGCAAUUUCUCAUUCGGUGUGAAAUCAUUCGUGUUUUUUUCUGACAUUCAUCAUAAUGGCUCAACGUACAGCAUAUUGCCCAAAAUUACCAUGGAUGGUGGACUUCUACACCUCAGCAGACGGAAGAAUACACAACCAACAACUGAAGGCUGCCUUCGCCAGGACCUACAUAGACCACUUGUGUCACCUCAACCCUGAAUCAGCAGCAGCCAAACAUAGGACCACGCAAAUGGUCUUCACAAUUCCGGAAAAUAUCACAGUGUUAGCCAUCGAAGAACUUCUCAACUGCGGCAUGAGCAUGGCGAGAAUCCCCCUUGUAAUAUCCCACGAAAAAUGUAUGGAAAUAAUCAACAGACUGAGACAUACCUGCGAUCGAUUCAGCAAGAAGUUAGGACGUUUGUAUCCCUUAGCUAUUGCCUUAGAAUUCAGAGGGACGGAAAUACGUACGGGAAACUUGCAAAAUCCGGAGAAGAAACCAAUUCGAUUGGAAAAAGGAAAAGAGACAAAAAUCACCACAGACCCUUCCUUCGAGAAUUUAGUUACCUCAGAGCUCAUCUAUGUCGAUUAUCAGAAGAUAAGUAAAUUGGUUCGCCCAGGCGAUCAGCUGCUUCUGGACAAUGGAAAAGUCACACUUUCCGCCCUAGAGGUAGCAGAAGAAAUGAUCAAAUGCAUUGUGAAUAAGACGGGUGAUUUACACAGUAACGUCUCGGUAACUCUGGUGAAUGCCCCAGUAGAAGUGGAACCGAUAGGCGAGGAAUACAUGAAAAACAUUGAAUUCGCUCUGGAGAUGCAAGUUGAUGCAGUCAUAAUGACGACAAUUGUGGACGAAAGAAAUAUAAAACUUCUCCAGGAAAAGCUUCAAGAUGAAGAGAAAAAAAUGCUGGUUAUCGCUAAAAUUGGCAAUACUCAAGCUAUAGAGAACUUCGACGACAUCGUCAAAGUGGCAGACGGAAUAUUUGUAGGAUCAAGUGAACUCAUUGGUGAACUUCCGAGAGAGAAGAUAUUCCUAGUACAGAAGUCUAUAAUAGCUAGAUGCAACAAAAUCGGGAAGCCUGUCAUGUGCAGCUUUGAGGUUGCUGAGUACGGGGCUCUUUCCGAGGCUGAGAUCACCAAAAUUGUGAGUUUUAUAGAUGAUGGAGUCGACUGCUUCGUCUUGACACAAUGCGACGUCGAUAACAACUUAUAUUAUGAGAGCAUAAGGCAGAUGAACCAAAUUUGUAGGGAAGGAGAAUCGGCAGCUCAUCAAAGGAGGAUCUUCAGCGAAUUGACCGAUAAUUUCGUAUGGUCUGCAGAACCGAUUUACUCCCUAGCCAUAUCAGUGGUGGAGUCUUCAUUCAAAUGCAACGCUGCAGCUAUAGUCAUAGUCACGAGGACUGGAAGAUGCGCUAAGAUCUUGUCCCGAUUCAGACCGAGGUGUCCCAUAAUAUCUGUCAUAAAACUGGAGCAGAAUGCCAAACAGCUACAAAUAUACAGAGGGAUUAUACCUUUGGUGUUCAUCUCGAAAUACGGUUCCGAUUGGAAUGCGGAAGUUGAGGCCAGGAUUCAACUGGGAAUAACGUUCGGAAAGCUCAGUGGAUUCAUCAGAAUGGGAGACAUAGUCAUUGUAGUUUGCGGAUCGAAGAGGAGCUCUGGUUUUACCAACACGAUGAAAAUUGUUUUCGCCUCUGAGUUCGACGUCGUGAAAGCCAACGAGGAGGGAGACCAUUGAAAUUCAUCAAUUGCUUUUUGUGUUUGUGUCGCAGUGAACGUUUUUAUUUCAAUAUAGUAUAAUAUCCAAUA